GCCCGAACUCUUGCCUCCCUCCCCUCAGUCUUGGCACUCUCCCUCCGUCCUCUUGCUCAUCGUCCCAGACGACGUCCUCGCGGUCUGGGUUGCCGUCACGCGUACUGUCAAAGCGUAGGCAGCCACCUUGCAGCCGUUGCUGGCGCACAAGACUUGCUUGGCGCCCCCGCUUCCGCCUCUGAGCGAGCAUGGCCAAGCCCAAGCUAUUUACUAGACCUCCAUCAUUAGCCACGAGCAAGACAACAUACCAAACAAGCUCGACUAGGAAACAAGCCCCUCGCGGAUCGCGGAGAGGAACAUACGGCUCGCUUCCAACACCGUCAUCAGGCAUCCUCGCUUUUCUCGCCACCUUGACAGCGUCUUCAUCCACCGCUCAAGGCUAUCCCCUCGACUCGCAGCCAUUACCUCCAGACUUUUUAUGUCCCGGACUCCGCCCUGAUCUGCACGCAGAGCCCCCUUUGGCCCCACAAGCCAGCACCAGGAAGCGUCGUGAACGAAGGGACACUUCUGACUACCCCUCUUCAAGCCCACACAAACGGGGCUCGAAACGACCCUUCGUUCCCGACAAGUACACCCAGGGGCCGGACGGGCGUUGGAGGAAGACUGGUAAUUGGUCUUUGUAUGGAUAUUGCAAUACCGAUCAGUGCGAAACCAGUCCGGCCGAAUACGCUACUAUACCCACCGCGGAGAGCGACGGCCAAGCCACGUCAACACCCUCUUCAUUACCCUCCGAUCCCCCUAUAGACGCAGUCAUGGAAGCCAACCUACCACCGGGGUGGGCCUCGCGAUCAUCCGAAGAUCAGAUCCUCACAUAUAUCAUACUUGGUCUAUCGCUUCUACUUGCUAUCCUCAUUUGCAUAUUCAUGGUUGGAUGCCUUGCCUGGAGGAAGAAACGAAAAUCCCUCACACCGAAGGACAUCGAGAAGAAGGCUAGCACUAGCAGUCUACGUCUCGCAGACGACUCAGAAGAGGAGAGUGAGGAGACGAGGCAGGCUAGGAAACAGCAACGAUUGUGGGCAAAGGCUAGUGCGAGAUGGAAGGCUAAUGUUCGAAUAUCUGCUCGACGGCGGCGUGUCCAGCGGACGAUGUCCAGUGCUAGCAGUCAAGCGCAGGCCUCGCGUACCUCUCUGACCUCCAUGGUCACUUCCUCCUCCGUCGAAGCUCGCAUGCGAAGUAUGGUCGAUGUUUCCGACUCCGCCUCAGCUCAUUCUGUUCGUGAAAAUGCCCGCGACACUCAGCAGCAACAAAUAUCGCCUUCACCAAUUGUCGAGCAGUCCGCGCCUCCCCUUGCCUCUCCUUCCUCCCGCCCGCCGUCCUAUUUGAGAAAUUUUCUCUCCGAUCUUUCAGCGCAUUCAGACUCAAUCGAGCAUCUGCACACUUCCGAAUCUGUCGGAGAGUCAAUAGCUCAGUUGUCAACGUCACACAAGACGCUCGGACUGCAGCAACGACACGACGAAGAUCAGCCUGAGGAUGAUUCUUCCCCUGGCCCUUACGACGUUCCUGCAGAUGCAGCACAUGUGGCUACUGAUGAUAAAGGCGUUCUAGAGAGAAUGGCUACGUUGGCUAGCGCCCCACCCGUUUCUGGUAACGACAAUGGCGAAUCAUCGGCACCUUCGGUACCUAUACUCGAAUAUGAGUACGAAGAUCAUCCAGAUUUCGGUCCGCCUGGACCAUCGUCACAUUCUUUAUCUAUGUCGUCCCUUCAGGCCUCGCCUCCACCAAUAUUGAACCAACCAGCUCCUUCGUACUCAUCUAACCCAGACGACCCAUCGACGCAACACCCUCUGUUCCCCUCUCCACCAUCGAAGAGCGCGUUGGCAGCACCGACGUUCUAUGAAUAUCCUGCUUCGUUUGAAGAGGAUAUGCACAUGAUCAUGAGCGCGGAACCAAUAGCGGAACCCUCUGCUCCACCGUUCGAGGCUGAGGUGGCUGCGCCUAGUGCUCCGCCUUUGGAGAUGGACAUGGAGGAUAGUGUGGGUGACUUUACUGCGCUUCCAUCUGCGCCUCCGAUGGUCGACGAGAUUGAGGACAAUGGAGCUGGUCUUCCUUGCGCUAGUGCACCUGCACUACAAAAUGAACAUGAGUCGUAUAGUGAGGAUGCUCGGCCUUCGGAUCUUUCAUCUUCGAUAUCCGCUACCCCACCAGUGGCCCCGAUGCAUACACCUCCCGGUUACAUUCCGUAGCGUCGGAAUUGGGAUAUUUUUGGACAUCUUUCCACCCGAGUUUUGAGGAUGUAGAAUGCAAGCGAAUUACACUAUUGGCGUUGUAUAUGUAUUGGAUUGGUAGUGUAAUAUUUGACACCUAUGUCAUCGUAAUCUUUUGGAUUUUUUCUCUCUGCUUUCGUAGAUCGACAGAUAGUUGAUCGAUCAUAUUGGAAUAUUCGAAUCUUGAAGUUGUCCUUUCUCAGCGUCGAGAUUGCAUUGAAGGUCUUUCAGUGUGCCAAUACUGAGUGCAACUCUUUGCAAUUGUGGCCUGUUUGGCAAGUUGGGCUUUCACGUUCCGCAAGUAUAUCCGACGCGUUUAGGUCAAUAGUUACUUCCGCUGCUAGCACGAACGCAAAGAACAUAUGAACUUGUUAUGAUUUGAGUAACACUACAACUACUCAAAGCAAAAGCUGUUCCCAAACUUCUUCCAUUUGCUAAGCCCAAGCACUGGCCAACUGACCAGAGCACGAAGCACAACAAAAAGAAAAAGUAGGAGAUCCC